CAUUGCUUUGAUGAAGUAAAGUAGUGACGAUUUGAAGACGGAAAUUUUUCUUUUCAUAGCAGAUGUAAAUACAUGUACCCAAAGAUCGUACGUUAAAAUGAACGACAAAGAGGAUCAUCAAAUUACACCAAGUAAAUUUGGCUCCAGACAUGUACAAAUGUUACUGCUCUUUUUGGGCAUGGCAAUUGCAUAUACGGUACGGGUCAGUAUGUCUGUAGCUAUUGUCGCCAUGAGAAAUAAAAAUCCCGUCAAUCCAAAUAUCCCGCAAUACGACUGGGAUACACAGAUGAGCAGCUUCAUCUUGAGCUCGUUCUUUUGGGGCUACGUAGUGAUACAAAUACCGAGUGGAUAUGUUGCGAGUACCCACAGCGCUCAGAAGCUGCUCGCCUGCGGUAUAUUCAUCUGCUCCAUCCUGAGCGUACUCACACCCCUGAUGGCCAGCUACGGCUACGUGGCGGUUAUCUGCUGCAGAGUCGCGAUGGGUCUCUGUCAAGGAUGUCUCUUACCUUGCGCGCAGACAUUGCUCUCGCGAUGGGUGCCGCCAAUGGAGAGAGCCCGACUCGGUUCAUUCGUGAUGAAUGGUCCACAGUUUGGUACUGUAAUAACAAUGCCGAUUUCCGGUGCCCUCGCAGCCACGAGUAUUGGCUGGCCCAGUAUUUUUUACAUUUUUGGUACAAUUGGAAUUGUUUGGAGUAUAAUAUUUUAUUGGUUGGGCGCCGACUAUCCAUCGCAAUAUCCAAGAAUUAGUCCCAAUGAAACACGUUAUAUUAAUGACAGCCUUGGUAAUCUGGAUAAAUCUGGUGAUAUUAAAAAACUUAAAGUACCAUGGAAGUCAAUAUUUACGUCAGUGCCAAUGUGGGCUUUAACUAUUGUUCAUUGUGGUCAUAAUUGGGGUUUUUACACCUUCCUUACUGAAAUGCCAUCCUACAUGAAGUCUGUUCUAAAUUUUGAUAUUUCACAGAGUGGAGGAGUAUCGGCUCUACCUUACCUUGCUAUGUGGCUAUUAGGCUUUCCAAUAAGCUUUUUGGCAGAUUUAGCUCUAAAAAAAGGAGUGCCAAUCGUAAUCGUACGCAAAUUAUGCAAUAGUAUUGGUCUUUGGAUUCCAGCAAUUGCCAUGUUUAUACUUUGUAUUAUUAAAACAACCAAUAGCAUAUUUUUUGUUGCUAUUCUCGUAGUAGGAAUUGGUUUUAAUUGCGGCACUACCUGUGGCUUUCAAAUCAAUCUUAUCGAUUUAAGUCCUAACUUUGCUGGUUCAAUGAUGUCAAUCACAAACUGCAUAGCCAACGUUCUUGGUAUCGUUUCACCAUUAAUAUGUGGUAUAAUCGUCACCGAUGAGACUAAUGUGAACCAAUGGAAUAUCGUCUUUUCUAUAACAUCAGUAAUUUAUUUCGUGUCCAAUUUGAUCUUUUUAAUCUUUGGUCAAGCUAAUAUUCAGCCAUGGAACGACGUAGAGGAUCACCUUAAAACACAACAUCGACGAGUUUCUACGAUUUCUAUAGCCGGCGAACCCACCAGCUUAUCAAUUCCUGAGCAAAUCAUAGAGGAAGAGAGCAAAACACCUUGCUGAAUAAAAUCGAAUUCUUAGUUAUUUUAAUUCUUAAUUUUAUAUCAUCAAGUUGUACAAUUUUAAAUUAAUCAACUACAGCUGUAUAAUUAUCUAAGGAUAAUUGAAUCUUUUGGAUUAGAGUUGUUUUAAAAGUAUUUCUUAACAUAGAAAUCUUUUAAGCAGGUGAUAUGUAACAGUUGUAAAAAAAAAAUAAUAUGAAAAUUUUAAUAGAAAUUACCGACGAAUUUUCAAGGACAAUAC